AUGUCUUCGGGCGCCUACUUUGCAGUCUGGCUCGUACCUGGACUACUUGGCGCUGCGCUUUGCGGUCAUUUCAAGUUUGCUGCUAGGCUGUUCAGCGGCUUGCUCGGAGCUGCAAGUCUCACCAUCAUCCUCACUGCCAUGUUCGGCAUACACACGCUGCUCAUUCGCGCCAUCCUCGUCAGCAUUCUUGCGGUGCUCCUCAGCGCUCCACUCUUGUUGCCCCGAUCGGCUCUGCUUCAACGACACCUGCUCAACCUCAACACCAGCCUCAUCGGCUCGGUCGUCUUCUUGAACGGUGUUGCGCUCUUCGCGCCACCCGAAAAGUCUACCGAAAGCUGGUUAAACCUAACAGCGGUGCUCUUUGCUCCGGACGGAUCGGACGCUUUGAGCGCUGCCGUGGACAAGUGGGGCACUUCGGCUUUCAAAGGAUUCAUCGCUGGGGCGGUCCUGGCAGUCGUCAUUGGAUUCUCAUUCGAGGCUCUGCUCCAUUCGCACUCGGGAGAGGAUGCCGAGGCUUCAUGGAACGACUAUCUGGGCGCAUAUACGGAGAGAUACGAAAAGAGUGGAAUGUUGCCUGGCCAAUACGAAGGAAGUCUGGCCAGGCAGGGCCUUUUCGAACCUGCUCCGACGCCCUGGCAGCGCAUCGCGGCUGUGUUUGCUGAGGCAGGAUCGGCAAGAUCCGGACCCGCAUCGUACGGCAACAUUCCUGGCGGGCAAAAUGUUGACGACAGGGACACAGAUGCAGAUACGCUCACUGCGAUUCCAACCAGGAAGCGUAGCAGAGGCGCUUCGAGUCGCAGGACGCACAAGAGUGGCAAGACGUCUCGGGGCGUGCCCGCUAGGUUUGAGGCUCUCAGUAGGAGAGACAAGGAUUUGGACUUGGAGAAUGGGGACGACAGCGAGAGCGAAGGGGAUGACUCGGACGCUACGGAUGUUGAAGACGUAGCUGGCGAUCUUUCCAAAGAAGCGUCGGAUAGCAAGAGUCGUUUGAGCUCCGCUAGCAAGGGACCUGCGACGUCCGAGCAGCUCAGCGCCUUGGCUCGCAGCACAUACGCUUUGCCAUCGCCAUUACCUCGUCCACCCGGAUCAUUGAGCACCGCAACGCCCUUGCCGUCGUACAGAUCGGACGCGACGGCCUCAACGGGUGUGGGCUCGAACGUGUCCGGCAGUACCAAGGUGUCCUCCGUCAGCACAGCGUACGAUGGCACGCCCCACAAGGCAUUUGAGAAUUACAGAGACGCGGGGGCGUCUAGGGCUCCUAAUUCCUCUUCCAGACCCACGAGCCCUCUGAAUCCCGCUUCGGGCGCAAACAAUGGGAAUGCGGUGCAGGCCACGCCAAGCUUGAUCAACGCGAUCAGUCGUAUACAGGCAGCUCAGGCUCAGGCUAGAGCUUGGCAAGCUGCUCAAUCGUCCAAUAGCAGCCCGUACGGCAAUCAAGAUCCCACCGGCUUGCCUCCUGCCACUUCGCCUAAAACACCCAAAUAG